UUCAUUACCAUUUCUUCAUCUUCCCUCUUUUCCUCUCUUCUUCGCUCUUCUCGCCGGCAUGAGGGUCCGAUCAUGGCUACUCCCCUGCUCCACCGCCGCCGCCACUUCCGCAGCCGAACCCAAUAAUAUUAAAUCCCUUCAAUCCUCCUCCUUCUUAAUUUCCGACGCUAGCAGCUUUUCCGACACGUCGGCCAACUCUUCCUCCUCAUCCACUCCUAGUUCCGACACGAGCUGUUCCAGUCUCCAAAGCAAUCUCUCCCUUCAAUCCCUUCCCUCCAUUCCAUCUCUACAGAAACUCCCCAUCGCCUCCGAUUCCUUCCACGUUACUCUUUCUCAAUUCCCCGUCGCCUCUUUUAAACUCCCAAUCUCCCAUCUUGCCGUCCAUGGUCCUUACCUCUACGUCGCCACUGCUCACGAAAUCAACGUCUACGAUCGACUCACUUUUUCUCAUGUCACUGGAUUCAACGCUCGAGAUUCUUCCUCUGGCUCCGUUAAGGGAUUCGCCUUCCUCCGCCGCGAAAUCCUCACUUCUCACCAAGACGGAAAAAUCCGAGUCUGGAAUUUACUUGAUAAGAAGAACAAUCAAUUCAAAUUAGUCAACACUCUCCCUACAGUCAACGACCGUCUUCGCCGAUUUAUACUCCCGAAGAAUUACGUCAACGUCCGUCGUCACAAGAAACUUCUCUGGAUUCAACACGCCGACGCCGUCACCGGACUCGCCGUAAACAACGAUUCCAUUUACUCUGUUUCUUGGGAUCGGAGUUUGAAAAUCUGGCGAGGCUCCGACCACCGUUGCAUCGAGUCGGUGAAAGCGGCUCACGAAGACGCCAUCAACGCGGUAGCUGUUUCCGCCGGGGGGACGGUAUAUACAGGUUCGGCCGAUCGAAAAAUACGAGUUUGGGCGAAACCGGAGGCGGAGAAACGGCAUGUACUGGUAGCAACUUUGGAGAAGCAUAAAUCUGCGGUGAACGCAUUAGCGUUAAACAAAGACGGUUCGUUGCUGUUCUCCGGUGCGUGUGAUCGGUCGGUGUUGGUAUGGGAAAGAGAAGACAGUGCGAAUUACAUGGCGGUGAUCGGGGCAUUGAGGGGUCACAAAAAUGCGAUCUUGUGUUUGAUUUACGUUUCAGAUUUGUUGUUGAGUGGGUCAGCAGAUCGGACAGUGAGGGUGUGGCGACGGGGAGGAGAUGGGAGUUUUAAUUGCUUAACAGUAUUGGAAGGUCACAAAAAACCGGUGAAAUCGCUGGUGGUUGUAUCGUCGGAGGGGGAGGGGAUGAUGUCAAACGGCGUCGUAUCGGUGUGUAGUGGGAGUCUUGAUGGAGAACUCAAAGCUUGGAAAAUUUCACUUUCGAAUCUUAAUAGUCCAUUGCCCAAUUCGAAUAUUAUGAAUUGCAGCUAAUGGAUUGGAAUAAUAAAAUAAUUUCAUUUGCUUUUUAGGAACAAAUUUUGUACAAAUAUUAUUUUUUUAUUUGUUUUUGCAAAAUUUUGAAUGUGUGGAUUUUUUUCUUUUUUUCUUUUUUU